AGCUGGGCCAGGAGACAAAACUCACUCCCAUCGCCCCAGGCUACCACGAAGUGGGGUACUGGGAGGAGGGGCUGGAGCUGCCUAUGUGGCCCCUGGGCCUCAUCGUCAUGCCCGGGUCCCAGCUUUCCUGCUGCGUCUCGCUCUUAGCUCUCGGCGUGUGCCUGGGGCUGCGACAAAACUACCGGAACGUAUUGCUUAUCCUGGCGGAUGAUGGAGGCUUUGAGAGUGGUACAUACAACAACACUGCAAUCUUCACUCCACACCUGGAUGCCUUGGCACAAAGGAGCCUGAUCUUUCAUAAUGCCUUCACCUCAGUCAGUAGCUGCUCCCCAAGUCGUGCUAGCCUGCUGACUGGCUUGCCACAGCAUCAGAAUGGGAUGUAUGGCUUACACCAGAAUGACCAUCAUUUCAACUCCUUUGACAAGGUGCAAAGUCUGCCUCUGCUUCUCAGCCAGGCUAAAGUCCGCACAGGUAUCAUUGGGAAGAAGCAUGUUGGACCAGAACCAGUGUAUCCAUUUGACUUUGCCUAUACUGAAGAAAAUGGCUCCAUUCUCCAGGUGGGGAGAAACAUCACCCGCAUAAAGCUUCUGGUCCGAAAAUUCCUCGAGACCCAGGAUGACAGACCUUUCUUCCUCUAUGUUGCUUUCCACGAUCCUCACCGAUGUGGGCAUUCUCAGCCAAUGUAUGGACCCUUCUGUGAAAAGUUUGGCAAUGGAGAGAGUGGGAUGGGGUGGAUCCCUGACUGGGUGCCGCAAACUUAUGCUCCAGAGGAUGUAAAGGUCCCUUAUUUCAUCCCGGACACCCCAGCAGCCCGAGCUGACUUGGCUGCUCAGUACACCACCAUUGGCCGAAUGGACCAAGGGAUUGGACUGGUGCUGGAAGAACUGAAUGCAGCUGGAUUCUUGAACGACACCUUGGUUAUCUUCACUUCAGACAACGGUAUCCCUUUCCCUAGUGGCAGGACCAACCUAUACUGGUCAGGCAUAGCAGAGCCUAUGUUGGUGUCUUCUCCAGAGCACCGAAAACGUUGGGGCCAGAUCAGUGAGACUUAUGUCAGUCUCUUGGAUCUCGUGCCUACCAUCUUGGAUUGGUUCUCCAUACCAUAUCCCAGCUAUAGCAUCUUUGGUACCAAGGAAGUCCACCUUACUGGUCGCUCUCUCUUGCCUGCACUACUAUCAGAACCACCCUGGACCACAGUCUUCAGUAGCCAGAGUCACCAUGAAAUCACAAUGUACUACCCCAUGCGCUCUGUUCUCCAUCAGAAUUUCCAUCUAGUGCACAACCUCAACUUCAAGAUGCCCUUCCCAAUCGACCAGGAUUUCUACGUUUCUCCCACCUUCCAGGACCUGCUUAAUCGCACCAAGUCUGGCCAGCAUACAAAUUGGUAUAAGGACCUUCACCAUUAUUAUUACAGAGAUCAAUGGGAACUCUAUGACAGGAAACAAGACCCUUGGGAGACCCAGAACUUAGCCACUGACCCCAACUAUAUGGAGGUGCUAGAAGUGCUGAAGUCCCAGCUGAUCAAGUGGCAGUGGGAGACAAAUGACCCCUGGGUAUGUGCUCCAGAUGGUGUCUUGGAAGAGAAGCUCUCUCCCCAAUGUCAGCCUCUUCAUAACGAACUAUGAGCCUUUGCAUGGAGAAAAACACUUAUUUUCUCUAAACCUGGCUUGCCUUGUUGCUAAUUGAGUGGGACCAAGGGAGAGCAUCUUUUUGUCCUAAAUCCUCAUUCCUGAUAAAUGAGGCUAAAUGAGGCUAAAUCCUCAUUCCUAGAUCUCUGACUGGGCAUUAUUGUAGGGUCAGGCAAGCAAGGAGCAAGCCUCAUUCCCUGCACUGACCAUCUGGGUAUCACCACAGGAAUGUGGUUUGAGCACCACUGCCAAUGUGCUUGACUUGUUGUGGGUAAGGAUGAGGAUGUUAAGCGAGACUCUAAUAGGCAGCAAAGUUACUAAAAGCCUUGGUGAAAGUCAGAUUGUGGGUCAAAAAAGUCCAGUUUUUUUUUCCCUGUGGUUCUUGUUCUAAAAGUUUGGAGGAUCUUAUGGCUCCAGAGCCUUUCAUAAGAUAAUUUUGAGAAAAUCUAGAAAUUUUUUUUAAAAUGGAAAUCAAAGCUCUAUUAUACCCAUUUACAGGCUUCUACAGGAUGAGGGAAUAUGAGAGGAAUCAGGUCUUUGCAUCUGCCUAUUGAGAUGAUUUAUAAAACUUUCUCAGGGUAAGAAGAUGAUGAUGUAUUAAUUUCAAUAAACAUUCUCAAUUAGAGACAUCUUGGGUUUCUGCUGUCAGUUGUGUGAGCAUGAAUUUGAUAGCAUUUCCUGUAUUUUUCCCCACUGUCAAAUUCAUCAUUCUUAGCAGACAAUCCUUUUAGUUUGCCUGUUUUUACUAUUUAUACUAUUGUUUUUGUGGCAGAAGCAUUCAUUUUAAGUCAGCAAGCAUGUAUUAAACUCCUUCUGUGUAUAAAACUAGGUGAUAGGGAUAAAAAGACAAAAGUGAAUUAAUCCCUUCCCUUCCAGAGAUUACAUUUUACUGGAGGCAAAUAAUAUGUACACAGAUUUUUAAAAAUGCAAAAUAUGUAUACAAUUGUGGCUUUUUGAGAAUUAUUCAAAGACAAAAGUACCACUACUUAAAGAGAUGGACAUUUCUUUACCUCUGGUAUAAUUUAAUUUAUUUGGAUAAACAUUAAUUCUAUGAUGUGAGUUGACCUAUACUUGUUACCUCCUCCCCUGACCCACACAGAAGUACUUCUAAGGGAACCUAGUGGGGGAAAUCUAGGAUUUAAGUUCUUAGCUAUUUGAUGUCCUGGAUCAUUUUGGCAUUUUAGUGAAGCCCGAGCUCCUUAGAAUAGUAUUUUUAAAUGCAUAAAAUACUUAAGAUUGAAAAAGAAACAAAUUAUUUUAAAAUAUAGAAAUAUAAUUUUAUAUAUAUAUAUUUUAAGUUCUUGGACCCAGGUUAAGAACUUCUAUUGAGAAUUUUGGUGAGUUUAUAUUCCAUCCAAUGUUCCAAUUUCCAUUCUUCCCUAAAGUAAGAGUCCAAGGGUCAAUGGAAUGUGAAGGGAAAGUAUAACCUUCAUACCAUGGAUGGUACAAACCCAAAGAUGAAUCAUUUAUCAAAAGUUUACUCUAAUUUAGCAAAAUUUACAGAAUUUUAGUCUCUAAAAUCUACUGUAACAAUUAUCAACAAUUGCUUUCUUCUUUGAAAGUAAGGUUGUUUUCUGCAACAGAGGUUCUGGGAGGUGGGAAAAGGAGAAACUAAGCUCCAGAAGGUCUUCCCCCCACUUUAGUAAGCAGGGAGAAGCUGUUAUUAUCCCACAGAUUAUUAAUGGGACAAUGGAAAUUUUUAUAGGCUGUGAUGUCAUAAAAAUACAUCCCUUUUCUUCACUGAUAAAUCAGAGUAAAUGGAUACGAAAUGA